CCCACCGAAAGCGAACCCUCCCCCGCAAACCCCAACCCCAACACGACGUCGUCCUCCUCCCACCCUCCCUCCCUUCCUUCCGUCGUCCUACCUCUCCGCGUCUCCGCCCCCUCGCACGACCCUUAUCCAGGCUGAGAUUGAUAAUAGUUUGUCCUCUAGCUGAUUGGGCUGCUCUGAACGGGUUUAAUUUCUCCUUGUGUUGAGGAGUCAGGACAUAAAGGCUGUGUUCUUGUCUAGCAGUUCUAUGCUAUCUUUACAUUCUAUUUGGUCGUUGCACUUAGAUGGAUGUUCCCUCAGUGGAACUACAUUCUGAUAGCCUACCAGACACUUACCCAUUGUUGAUGGAGAGGGCAGAGAACGGUAGCAGAAGUGAGCAUAUUAUUAACAUAAGGAGCAGUGAUGCUUCUUCAUCUAGUUCGCAUCAGGAUAGGUCUUCUAAUGGCUUGGAUACAUUGCAAGAUCCAGACAGACAUGCGACUACGUCAAGAGCACCAACUUCUCAAACAUCAAUCCCUUCUAGCAAUAAUAAUUCAAACACUAGAAGUUCCUCGUUGGGAAGGAGAGGUGAUGCCCGUCGCCGCCGGAGUCCACUGAAUUCAGGGAUGUGGAUAUCUAUCGAACUAGGUCUCACAGUGAGCCAGAUUGUUGCAUCUAUUGUUGUUUUGUCCGUGUCCAAGAAUGAGCAUCCACGUGCUCCCCUGUUCUUGUGGAUUGUGGGUUAUGCAGCUGGAUGUGUGGCGACGUUGCCUCUUCUGUAUUGGCGUUAUCGCAAUCGUAAUCAGGUCUCAGAGCAAGAGUCAAAUCAACCCCGCCAAGGUCCAGCUCAGAUAAGCGUGCCUGCAGGGCCGUUUUCUCUUUCAGUAACAAGAACAACAGAUGCAGAUGACCGCCAUACUACGAUUGCGUCCCCUAGGAGUGGUCAAAGAGCAGGAGUACUGAAUGCGAGAGUGAAGGCACUAAUGGAAUACUUCAAAAUGGGCUUGGACUGCUUCUUUGCAGUUUGGUUUGUGGUGGGGAAUGUGUGGAUCUUUGGAGGCCACUCAUCUGCUAACGAGGCUCCCAAUAUGUAUAGACUAUGUAUAGUGUUUCUUACCUUUAGCUGCAUCGGAUAUGCAAUGCCCUUCAUUCUAUGUGCAACAAUUUGCUGCUGCCUACCCUGUAUAAUUUCAAUCCUUGGAUUUAGAGAAGAUUUGUCGAGGACAAGAGGAGCCACAGAUGAAGCAAUUCAUGCACUGCCAACCUACAAGUUUAAGUUAAAGAAGAGCAGAAAUAGCAGUGAUACAGAAAACUCAGGUGAAGGAGUAAUAGCUGCUGGAACAGAGAGGGAGCGUACGAUUUCUGGGGAUGAUGCUGUCUGUUGCAUAUGCUUGGCAAAAUAUGCAAACAACGACGAGCUGAGGGAGCUUCCAUGUAGCCAUUUCUUCCACAAGGAGUGCGUGGAUAAGUGGCUCAAGAUCAACGCAUUGUGUCCUCUAUGCAAGAGUGAGGUCGGGAUACUCACAACAGUGUCGGAAACUGGUGCUGGUGCCGCCUAGCAAAGGGCUUCACCAGGAUGACGCGCCCCCUUGGCACGCUGCCCUUUGCGGGAUAGCUAUAACUGCAGCUGUGAACCACAGGAUCUUUCAUGAUGAUUGAUGAUUGUAAUGGUUCGAAAUCUACCUCUUUCUUGGUUUCCUCGUGACUGGGGGGCGACCGGGAAGAGGUGGCAGCUGUAGCUUUGUGGAUGCAGCCACGACGGUUGUUGCGUAUGUGAUAUAGAAAGACAAUGGGAUGAUUUUAGAAACACUGUAAUGUGCCUCUUAUGAGAAUGGUACUUGGUAGUGACUGUCACUUUGGAUGAUAUGUAUCGUUUACAGACAUGGGUUGCUAGAUCAGGACCUGUAAAUCACGGCAAUGGAAGGAUCUUAACAA